AUGGAAUCAGUUGAUCUUAAGUUACCUCGCUACAUGAUAUACUGCGUUUUUGUUUCCUCCAUUGGAUCAUUCUGCAAUGGUUGGGUUAUCGGUUCUGCCAAUGUGCCUGGAGAAGUUACUCAUGCUUGUUUAAACGGUACAUCACACAUUGCCAGCAGUGUGUUUCCUGAUUGUCUUUUGAUGAAUGAUGCUCUCUGGGGAUUUGCAGUAGCAUCUUUCUGCGUUGGCGGUAUCUUUGGCGGUCUCUCUGGAGGAGCUCUUCAAAGUAAAUUUGGUCGCAAGUAUGCAACCAUAUACAACACUGUUGGCUGGAUCUUUGGAGCGCUGCUAAUAGGUGUGUCAGUCAACCCUGCUAUGUUCAUCAUUGGCCGUAUCUUUUGCGGUAUUUCAUGUGGAAUUGGGUCUCUUUGUACACCUAUGUACAUAAGUGAGGUGUCCACUAGUCGAUUCAGAGGAGCAAUGAGCGCUUGCAAUCAGUUUGCUAUUGUGAUUGGCAUCCUUCUUGCUUCUGUCAUUGGCCUUCCUCUAGCUUAUGUGCCUCUCUGGAGAAUAAAUUAUACUAUUGUAGCCAUCCCUGCUAUCGCACAGUUCAUUCUGAUGUUUACAUGUGUCGAAUCCCCUCGUUAUCUGAUUUCCAUCAACUGCAUUACAGAAGCCAGGGAAUCGCUUCAAAAGCUGCGACACAACUCCAACAUUGAUACUGAAUUUUUCGGGAUGCUCGAGGGUCAAUUAGGAACUGCUGCUGCCAGAGCUUUCGUACCCAACGAAUGUGAUUCGUCUCAGAUCAAGGAAGACCUCAAAUCUAUAAGCACUCAGGUAGAAGACAUCAGCAGCCAACAAAAGAUCAGUACCCAAGCUCCAAUGAACAUCAUCGGCAUAUUUACAGACCCUCAAAUUCGGCCUAUCGCUUUGAUUGUCAUUACUCUACAUUGUAUUCAGCAGUUGAUUGGUAUGAAUGCCGUCAUGUAUUACUCCACAACAAUCUUCAACAUGUCUUUUGACGCAGACAUGUCUAAAUAUAUGGCUAUUGUCUCAACAGUCUUUAAUUUUGCAUCUACCAUCGCUUCAUUGUUCUUAAUUGACCGCGUGGGUCGUAGACCUUUGCUCAUAACAGCCGAGAUAGGCGCAUGCAUCUUUUCCAUUUUGCUGGUCAUAGGCUACGUAUACAGCAUUGGGCCACUCUUGACUGUGUCCGUAUUUGGUUAUGUAAUAUCUUUUGCCAUCGGUGUAGGUCCUGUGCCCUGGAUGAUGACCUCAGAGCUAUCGCCAGUCUAUGCCUCGUCUGCAGUUGGUGCUGUUGCCACUGCCUUUAACUAUGCAACAAACUUUUUGAUUGGACAAUGUUUCCCUCUCAUUUUCGAAAAGAUCAAAGGGUAUUCCUUUGCUAUCUUUGCAGGAGUAGCUGCUUUGGCAUUACUUUUUUCCUAUUAUAAAGUGCCUGAAACAAAUGGUCAGCCUCUUGAAAGUAUCUCGAAAGGCUUCAUGGGAGAAAAAGCUUGA